AUGAUACCUAAUGAAGCAGUUUUAGCGUUGAACGACGAGAAGGAUAGUACAGAGGCUGAAAUCGAGCGGAUGGUGGAGUAUGAUGAUGUGGCGGUAACCACUGUCGCACGAUUGGAGCACGCAUUAUGUAAAAAUAUUACGACAGCGAAUGCGGUACAAAUGAUUAAAAGUGACAAUGGAGCUACUAGUAAAAGCGUGAAAUUAAAGCCGAUUGAACUGAAGAAGUUUGACGGGAGUUUUGAUAAAUGGAUACCGUUUUGGGAACAGUUUAAAGAAACGGUACAUGAAAACUUAAGUUUGUCAUCAGCAGCGAAAUUUAAUUACUUGGGCGAGGCGCUGGAGAAAAACGCGGCAAAUACCAUUGCGGGGUUUACUCCAACGGAGAGAUGUUAUAACGAGGCCAUUUCCUUUUUGCAGGAAGAGUAUGGCAAUACUGAUAAAAUUGUAGAGCAACACAUUCAAAAGCUGUUGGCGUUAAAAUCAAUUCAAUCAGCGCGUGAUGUUAAAGGUUUGCGAGAUCUUUAUAAUGAUGUAAAUUCCACCAUGCAAACGCUAUCUAUUCUAAAUGUUCCAUCCAGUAAAUACGAAAUCGUAGUCAAAUCAGUUUUAUUGAGAGCGAUACCUUCGUACUUACGUAUUACGUUCUAUAAAAUUGAAAAACGCGAUGGAAUAGAUACAAAUGGCGACGAGCAAUUAAAGCAGCUCUUACUCUUUAUAAGAACAGAAGUAGAAGCAUUAGAAAAACCGCAUAUGUCAGAAAAUAAAGAUGAAAGAAGAAUUAGGGAUGCCACUAAACAAACAGCGGAACAAAAAAGAGGAACGGCACUGGGACUACUUACCGGCGCACAGGGUGUCAAAAGGCAGUGCGUAUUUUGUAAGGAUGCAAAUCAUGACACUAAUUCUUGCAAGACGAGUUCAGAGAGUGACGAGAUAUUUCUUCAGACCGCUAAAGCCAUAGUUGAAAAUGAGCGUACGGGUGAAAGAGCAUUUACGAGAAUAAUUAUGGACAACGGUAGUCAGCGCACCUAUAUUAGCGCCAAAUUAGCAAGAGAAUUAGAGUUAGCUACGGUAGCUUAUGAGAAAACAUGUAUACUGGCAUUUGGCGACAGCUGUGAGAACAAGAAUGCACAAAAGCUCAAGCGAGUUAAUAUUGUAUUAAAAAGUCAAUACAACGAAAAAACAAAAACUAUUAGCGCGAUCGUCGUACCGAGUAUUUGUGCAGACAUACUACCGGUUCCUGAAAUAAAACAAAAAAAACUCCAGUGGAUGAAUACAACGUUAGCCGAAAACCAUCUCUGUAACGAUAAGUAUGUGAGAGGAAUGAAUAUUCUUAUUGGGCAAGAUAAUAUGUGGAAAUUCAUUGGAGGUGAGAGCGAAAAGAUAACAGAUGAUUUAACUGCAGUAAAUACCUUCUUUGGAUGGACAAUUCAGGGAUGUUAUGGAGAUAAUGAUAAAAUUCACUGCAUUUUAAAUACUUUACAAACACGCGAAGACACAUUUGACGUAGCUAAAUUCUGGGAAAUCGAGUCGAUUGGUAUUAACGCUCCACGUGAACCUGCACAAGUGGACGUAGAAAUAUACAUAAAUGAGAUUACCAAGCGUUAUGUUGUGGCGUUGCCAUGGAAAAUUUCCAGCGAGUAUUUGCACGACAAUAAGCAAAUGGCCCGAAAACGACUUCGAGAUUUAACAGCGAGGCUUAUGAGAGAUCCACAAAAAUUAAGAGAAUAUCAUGAGGGUGUGGAGGAGUUGUGGCAUAGCGGUGUUUCUGAAAGGGCCAAUGAAUUUAAUAAUAGCAAUUCAACUGUCUAUUAUAUGCCGCAUAUGCCUGUAUACCGAGACGACAAAUCUACAUCAAAAAUGAGAAUCGUUUUCGAUGCUUCGUCAUGCGAACCAGGCCUCCGGCUCAACCCCCCGCUAAGACGCAACUUCCACGUCCAGAGCCAAUGGAUGUCGACCGCUCCUUGCAUUCAAAAGCGGUACAUGAAUAGGCCACCACUUAAUAACCAGGCCGGGAAAAGACCAUCCAACUUUUCCCAACAAGUGCCUCUGAAGCAACAGAGGAACUUCCACAUUGAGGCAGGUACUCAAGAAUACCAAUACUAUUUACAGGACCAACAUUAUCCGCAAGAUCAACAGGAUUGGUAUCCAACAGCGGAAGAGUAUGAAGCAGAAAUUGCCAAAGAAGAAGGUGGACAAUCAGUUCAGGAAUACGCUGAACAAAAUCCAUCACAAGACGUUCAAGACCAUAUCGAUAUUCAUCUUUUAGAAUGA